CACCACCACACCCCGGUUCACCUUGUUUUUUGAGAUAGGGUCUCCUACGGGCCUGGGAUUUCACCAGUUAAGCUAGGCUAGCUAUCCAAGAAGUUCCAGGGAUUUGUGUAUCUCCCCACUUCGCCCCUCCACAGUGGUAGGAGCAGCAUACACUGUAGUUUUAGAUAAGUUCUGGGGGUUGAACUCAGGUCCUCUUGCCUGUGUGGCAAGCACUUACUGAGUGACCUAUCUCCCCAGCAUAAUAGAAACAGCUUAUCAUUACUAGAGACUGGUAUCAUAUGCCUGUAAGUUCAGCACCUGGGAAGCAGAGAAAGGAAGAUCAAUUUAAAGGCAAAAGAGACCUUGCCUGAAACAAAAACAAACAAACAAACAAAAAUACAAAUAAAUCAGGUAUUUAUAAUUCUACCAACAGUGAUAAUGGUAACGAUAGGAGAGACCACCAGAAGAUGCUCUUAAUGCUGAAAAGAAAGUCUUUCUUGCCAGCUGGAGGCUGCACUAGGAACUUGCCCAAAUCAUUCAGCCCUGAUUCUUACAGCCCUUUGUCUUUUAUGCACAAAAAACCCACAUCCUGGUUGUCACACUUCAGAUAGCAAGAAGUAGAACUACAGAAGCCAAAAAAACAAAAACAAAAAACAAAACAAAACAACAACAACAAAAACCAAACCACAGUGUUACUACAUUUUGGUACUUUCUUGGAACUACAGACUUAGAUCUUUGAUGGAUUAGGUCUCUGUUCCCAUUUCAGCAGGUGUUAGGGCCUGCUUGUUGGGUUUGAAGGUCAGAAUGGUGCUAAGGUCUGGGGGUCUGUUAGAAGUCUAUUGAGGUUUUCUAGUCAUUUUGAAAUUGUUUUUUUCCUACUGUGUAUAGAGUUGAGUUCCUUAUACUGCUAUCAAACCUCUUAGUACUAUGGUAUAUUUCAAGUUUCUUUCUGGAUGUUGUGUCUAUAUUCUUGUUUGCUUUGCUAUGCAGAAGUGCCUUAAUUUGGAAUAGUCCUGUUUAUCUAUGGUUACUUUGGUUGCUUUGGGGUCCAAAUCCAAAAAUCUUUGAGAUAAUGUCAUGUUGUUUUCUUCCUUCCUGGUUCAUUGUUUUAGAGUAGAGGAGUGGGGCUCUAACAAACCAGACGGCUUGGACUAUGAUGUAGUCCAAAGACAACUGUGGGAUUGUUGGCAGGCAGGGAUACAUGUUGACUUCCUACCUAAAAAUAAAACAACCAUGACAACAAAAAGCACAAACAUAAUAGAAGGAUAUUAUAAUCCUAAGGAUUCUGUAGCAGAAAUUAAUAUCAUGAAACAUCUCUACUGCUUAGGAAUAUGAUGAAAGUCAAGUAAAAAAAAAAGCUGCAGUGCUGGGGUUAAUACAUUAAACAUAGUACAUUGAAAGCAGGGGUUGAAUCAGCAGCUAAAAUGGCUCACGAUAUACUACUGCUCACUGAAGAGGAAAGUGAAUUAUUCCUACUUCAGUGAUGGUACAAAUGUACCUCAAAUACAGAUUUGUGGAAACGUUAACAAAUAAAAGUGGGGUAGGCCUGGCAUUUUUUAUGUUUAAGCAUAAAAGAUGCCUGGGUUCAGGAACCGUUUGACCCACCAAUGCUCAGGAACUCCACAGGGUCAAACCAAGGUUGAAGGUUGGAAGAGGAAUGUGUGCUGUUAUUUCCUGCCUCUGUAUCUGGUGUAAGCUUCUAGUUGAUUAGCAUCCUUCCCUGAGGUCUUUGGGCAGAGACAAUGAGACCAGCCAGGGCAGAAGAAAGGAUGUUGCAAGCCACACCCAGCUACCUGAGUGCAGCCGACAGACACUGAGGAGCCAAAGUGAAAGGUACAUCAUUCAGCUCUGCUACCACGAAUAUGUUUGGCUUGGAGAAGAUUGAAAUUGUGUCCUUCUGUGUAGGCCUGGCUGUUUUCACUUCAUACAAGUUUCUUGUAUGCUGUUGCAAAUGGAAGAGUUUCCUUCCCUUGGUGUGGCAGGAAACGUGCCCAGGAGGAUGUGAGAAGUCUCGUGAGCAGCAGAUGUCUAGGAGAACAGAAACAUUGGAAGACUUUUUGAGGGCCUUCCUAGCGGUAUGAAAAGGAAUACACAAUUGCUCGGUGUGGAAAAGCGGGCUUCACAGGGAUGAGCUACCGGCAAACUGGAAAGUGCCCCCAGGGUUAUCAGCUGCUUUUAUGUUGCGGUGGGCUUGGGUGAUGGAGCUGCUUUUGAGUCACUUAUGCUCCUUCUACCCCAUCUUCACCUAUCCAGAGGAGUUUGAUGGAGCCCCAUAGAUUGGUGUAUGCACUUAUUCCUUUUGUGCCUCACUUCCUGCUCUGGCCACUCUGGAGCUCUUCACCAUCUUCAUCUUCAGCUGUUAACAGCUAGCCAUCAUUCUUGACCUGAUAGCCUCCGCAUGGAUGCACUUGGCCAGGACCCUCUGCUGCUGCUUUGUGUUAUCAGCCUAGCGUGCGCUACUAAAUAUAGGUAGAUAUCCAGUGUUGUCAACAUGUAGUUUUCACAAUGUGUGAAGUUUUGAAGAGUGACCAGGGGAUGGAAGUAUUGGACUAAGGAAUGUCCCUUGGUUUUAGAACACUUCCAUUCCUGUCCAAGGCUGCUGUGGGAGCCAUGUGCUGCUGUCGCUGCUGUGGGAGCCAUGUGCUGCUGUCCCUGCUGUGGGAGCCAUGUGCUGCUGUCCCUGCUGUGGGAGCCAUGUGCUGCUGUCGCUGCUGUGGGAGCCAUGAGCUGCUGUACAUGCUGCUUCUCCCAGCUCCAGGAAGUCAGGAAGGCAUUCCUGCUCAUUAUGCGCAUGCAUUUGGAGAAGACCCUUAAGCUUGAUGCGCAGCUCCCUACUCAGCUCUGCACCUACAAGGAGCUGGUGCAGUGCCUGCCAGAGGGGGGAACCUGCUGGAGGGGGCUGCGGCAGACUGGCGCGGGAGCGGGCGCGGCGUCAAGUGCAGCUUGGACUCACGGACCUGGCCCAUUUACAUUUCAUUCCUUCAUCCAUCUGUGUCCAGUUGUGUUCAGCAUGGAGGAGCAGAGCAACUCUGCUGGGAAGGAGCUUCAACACAGGACCCGAGCAGAAGUUCCAGGAAAGAAAAGCUGGCAGUCACAGGCUUACACCCUUGGGGCCAUUUCCAACUUUAUGUCUACUUUCCUGACCUUUCCUAUCUAUAAGGUUGUGUUCCGGCAGCAGAUCCAUGCUGUGGCAGUGUCAGAGGCUGUGAGACAGCUUUGGCACGAAGGCCCUCAGUACUUCUACCGGGGCAUCUACCCUCCUCUUCUCUCCAAGACCCUCCAAGGGACUCUGUUGUUUGGCACUUAUGAUAGCUUGCUGUGCUUUCUCUCCCCGGUUGGGCCACACUCCCUCGGACAGCGCUGGACUGCAGGGCUCAUGUCAGGUGUAGUAGAAGCUAUAGCACUCAGCCCCUUUGAAAGAGUACAGAAUGUGCUUCAGGAUGCUCGAAAGCAAGCUUGCUUCCCUAGCACCUUCAGCAUUCUCAAGGAAUUCAAUUCUUAUGGGCUUUGGGGGAGGCUGUCACUGGGCUAUUAUCGGGGUUUCUGGCCAGUCCUUGUCAGAAACAGCCUGGGAAGUGCUCUCUAUUUCUCCUUCAAGGAUCCUAUCCAGGAUGGCUUGGCAAGGCAAGGCCUGCCCCAUUGGGUUCCUGCUUUGGUGUCUGGUAGUGUCAAUGGAACAAUCACCUGCCUGAUUCUGUACCCUCUGAUUGUGCUAGUUGCCAAUAUGCAGUCUCAUAUUGGUUGGCAGAGAAUGCCAAGCCUGUGGGCCUCUGCACAAGAUGUGUGGGACACUCGAGGUAGAAAAAUCCUGCUGAUUUAUAGAGGAGGAUCCCUGAUCGUUCUCAGGUCCAGUGUGACAUGGGGUCUCACUACUGCUAUCCAUGACUUCUUGCAGAGAAAGGCUCACACCAAGAAAGAGAUGAGAGACUGACUAAAGGAUGUGCGGCUAUGGUCUUUUUCUUCUAAACCUUUCCUUGUUGGUUGUGUAUAGUAUAUUUCUUUGGCUUGGUUACCUGAAACAACCAUUAUCUAUAAACUGGCACCGCAUGGGAGAAACUCCUAACUUUUCACCUGUUAGUCACAGACAAAGCCUGCCAGGAUUCCUUGGUCAAAGAAAAUCUCCCUAGUUUAUACACAGCUUCAGUAAUCUCAGAACUUGGAGCCUUUAAAUAAGCCUUUAAAUAAGCUGUAGCCCGGAUUAAAUGUCAUUCCUUCAAGGAGUAGUUUUUUUUUUUAAAUAAGAGGAAACUUUAAAAGACGACUCUGCUCAGUACUGUAAGACUAGGGUCCUUCUGUGUGUCCUUCUGGCCAAACUAAGUGGAACUCCCAAGUUCAAUGAACUACACUAGACUUUGAGGAUAACUUCAAAGAUGCCUAUAUUUUACUGACAUGUCUCACUGCCUCGACCACAGCCAUUCUCACUUCAAGCUAUGUGUCCCAUUUUCAGGGUAUCUGCUCUGAUUACAAACCAUAGAUUAGGCUCACUUCCACCCAUCAGAUGCCACAAGAACUGAUGAUGCUGAACAUGGGACUGAGAAAACAUUUGGUGCCUUGAUAGAAGGAAAAAAGGCUUUGAAGCAAGAAAUUUAAUUAAUUUAAUUACAUGCCAAAUAGAGAAAAAUAUUACUGUAGGUGGUUUGGUGUUAUCAUAUAUAUAUAUAUGUAUAUAUAUAUACAUAUAUAUAUAUGCAUAUAUGAUUAUGUUGCCUACAAACCAUUUAAGUUUCUAUAAGAAACCUGGAACUAGCAUGAACAUAUCUCUUCAUAAUUAAUCCCUAAUUCUGUUGAUGUGCACAGCUAUAUAGUAAUAAUCUUAGCCUGCCAUUCAGAGCCAUUGUCAAUAUGGACCCCAUAUAACUUUCUGCAUAUUAUUACCCCACAUUCACGGACUGCAUAAGCCAGCCAAGUGCAGUGCUUUUUACUCCUCAAACAUUCCAUGAACUUACCCAAGGCCAUACUCUACCCCACACUGCUCUCUCCACUUGCACUGCCCUCCUCCCAAUAAAAGGCCUCCAAUUUACAAAAGUCCAGAUCUGAUGCCACUGUCUGGAUGGAGCCCCUUUUCUAUCCCCUAUCCUCAAACUGAAUGUGACAUUAAUUUUGUGAUAUCCUUUUUAGCAGCUCAUCAACAUGCACUGAUCCCAUUAUGUCACGGGUCCCAUGUGGUCCUGAUGUUCUUGCUGUUCUUCAAUACCUCCUACUAGUCUGUAAACUUCUUGAAAGCAGGGAUUCUUGUAUGCAUUUUUAAAUCCUCCAUUGUGCCUAGGUGCUCAAUAAAGUUGGUGAAUGAAUUAUUGAAUUGAUUAUCAAGCUGUGAUAUGGUUUCUAUCCUCAGGGUGCUAUCCCUAUUACAUGAAGAUAAUGUUACUGACUCAUUGUCAACAACACACCUGCCUUUGGGAUGUGUUUGUUUUCUUUUAAUAGUGGAUUUAGUUUUGUGCUAAUUAUGAUGCCAAUGACAAUAACAAUGACAAUAAAAUUAUGUUCAACUACAAUA